AUGGCGACUCUCAGGGGCGAGCUGUUAAAUUUCAUGUUGAUCCCUCUCAGCCUGUUCACUUUCUAUCCUCAUUAUCGUGGUUAUUGUAUUUAUUCUUAUCAAAUCGGUCGAUGGCCUGCUGUAGCAAACAUUGUGUCGGAACGGUGGUUAAUCAACUUGAUAAUUACAGAGAAAACCAUUGAUGGGAUGUCAGGUCGCAUACGAAAACACAAAACAAAGCAAAUUGCAACCAUAGCUGCCAUUCAAGGAGAUAUCUCGAAGCGCCGCAAAUUCGUGGUUGGCGGUGUUUUCUACGCUGGGUUAAACGGGUUCUUCCUGCGCGAGUUGGCCGAGGAGGGAUAUUCUGGUGUUGAGGUCCGGGUUACUCCCACGGGGACGGAUAUCAUCAGACUCUCCCUGGUCUAUGACCUGAAAAGCCCCAUGGGCUUGAAUAGCAUCUGCUUCAGAAAUCAGUGA